AUGUCGCAUACGGGGACUAUGCGCGGUACGCCCAAGCCCAAGAACCAGCACCCGCCCCAGCAAUUCCCCCACAGCCCCUCGGGGAUCCCGCGACCAGCAGCUCUCGAGACGCAUGCUUCUCAUGUUGCCCAGAGCGAUGCGGGCGGCUCUUCGCUCAGCGCCAGUCGUGCCAAAAUGUCGAAGCGCGACGACGCCAUCCGCCGCAAGAUCGAAACCGACCUGAACAAAAAGAAGAACCCCAGCGGCCGCGUGCGACCCUCCAAGAAAGCCCCGCCUGGCACUGUCCUCGCCUUGAAGCCCUCCCCCGCGCUCCAGAUCAAGCCCUCCACCUCAGUCGCCGAGGCUGCGCAGUUGAUGGCAGCUAAGCGCGAGGAUUGUGUCCUAGUUACCGACGACGAUGACCGUAUUGCGGGUAUCUUCACGGCCAAGGAUCUGGCCUUCCGCGUCGUUGGCGCCGGCAUCAAGGCUCGCGAUGUCACAAUCGAAGAGAUCAUGACCAAGAACCCCCUCUGCGCAAAGACCGACACAAGUGCGACCGAUGCUUUGGAUCUCAUGGUCAGGAAGGGCUUCCGCCACCUUCCCGUCAUGGACGAAAACCACGACAUUUCCGGUAUCUUGGACAUCACCAAAUGUUUCUACGACGCCAUGGAGAAGUUGGAGCGCGCCUACGCUUCCUCGCGCAAGCUGUAUGAUGCUCUGGAGGGUGUGCAGGCCGAGAUGGGCUCCAGCCAGCCGCAACAGAUCAUUCAGUACGUCGAGGCUAUUCGUCAGAAGAUGUCUGGUCCUACUCUCGAGUCUGUCUUGACUGGCCUGCCCCCAACAACCGUAUCCGUGCGCACUUCUGUCAAGGAAGCUGCGUCACUCAUGAAGGAGAACCACACAACCGCUGUUCUGGUGCAGGACAAUGGCUCCAUCACCGGUAUCUUCACCAGCAAGGACGUCGUCUUGCGUGUGAUUGCCGCGGGGCUCGACCCGAUGACUUGCAGUGUCGUACGAGUGAUGACUCCGCAUCCCGACUUUGCGCCUAUGGACAUGAGCAUCCAGUCCGCUCUGCGCAAGAUGCAUGAUGGUCACUACCUCAACUUGCCUGUCAUGAGCGACGCAGGGGAGAUUGUUGGAAUGGUCGAUGUUCUCAAGCUGACUUACGCCACUCUUGAUCAGAUCAACAACAUCAGCACGACCGACAGCGAAGGUCCCGCGUGGAACAAGUUCUGGCUGUCUCUGGACAACGAGACCGAGUCGAUGAUGUCGGGCGAGGGUGGGAGUCGCGUCCACGACCAUCGCUCCUACGUCUCCCACCAUGAUCGCCCUGGCCUAAUGGACCGUGGCGAUAGCGUACUACCCAACGAGUCUGCCUCUCAUCACGGGGACUCACCAGACGCAUCUGCUGUCGCCAGUAUUCCUCCCUCUCAUAUGGAGGACAUGCCGUUCCCUUUCAAGUUCAAAGCUCCAAGUGGUCGCGUUCACCGUCUGCAGGUCGUUGUAUCUGCUGGUAUUGAAGAGCUCAUCCACAAUGUAGCGAACAAGCUUGGAGGAGAAGUCGAGGCCAUAGGAGGCGUACCGAGCUUUGAUGACGGCAAGGUUUCCCGGGGUGGCUUCGCUUUGAGCUAUCUCGACAACGAGGGAGACACAAUCUCCAUCACCACCAACGACGAUCUUGUUGAGGCUGUUAGUCUAUCCCGCAUGGCACAUCGCGAGAAGGUAGAUCUCUUUGUGCACCAUCCUGAAAAGGCACCAAUGUCUGCCGAGGUCAACCCACAACCUGCGCUGCCCAAGCCUGUCACACCGCCUGAGUCGUCUCUUCGCGAACGUAGACAGUACUUUGACGAAGAGGAAGAGAAGCCUAGAUCACGAGGCCGUAAUCAGCCAGUACCUAUAUCGCAACAGCCAGAGAUCAUCGCUGGUGUACCGAACGACCUUCUCCUUCCUGGAGCUAUCGGUGUACUAGCUGUUGUCAUCGUCGGUGUGUUUGUGCUUGGCCGCGCCAGUCGGUAA